AUGUCUGUUGGCUGUACAUCUGGGAACCAGGUUGGUCGUAGGAUAUACCUGCCAGCUUCUUUCAUUGGUGGUCCAAGGGAUAUGAGACGUAGGUACCUAGAUGCUAUGUCUUUGGUACAGAAAUAUGGUAAGCCCGACCUGUUCUUGACUAUGACCUGUAACACAAUGUGGAAGGAGAUACAUGAUAACUUGAAGUAUGAUGAGAAAGCUCAGGAUAGACCAGAUUUGGUUGCUAGAGUGUUUCGUGCAAAGUUUGAGGUGCUUAAAACAGAGAUAGUUAAAAAGAAACUGUUUGGUGAAGUUGCAGCUUUUGUUUAUGUAAUUGAAUACCAGAAAAGAGGCCUUCCUCAUGCCCACAUUCUGGUGAUUUUGAAACCAGAAGCUAAACCACUGAAUCCAGAGGCGUAUGACAAAAUGGUUUCUGCUGAGCUGCCCGACCUAAAUGAACAAAGUUACUUGUACUCCCUUGUUAUAAAACACAUGAUGCACGGCCCAUGUGGAUCGCUGAACAAAGAAAAUGUCUGUAUGCGUAAUGGAAUGUGUAAAAAUCAUUACCCAAAGGAGUAUAUUGAGCAUACUAUGCAUUCUGAAGAUGGUUACCCGCAUUAUAGGCGAAGGAAUAAUGGCAGGUCUGUUAGAGUAAGAAACCAUUCUUUGGAUAAUAGGUGGGUUAUCCCCUAUACUCCAUACCUGUUGGCUCUUAUAGAUUGUCACUUAAAUGUCGAAAUCUGUUCCACUGUUAAGCUGGUCAAGUACUUGUACAAAUAUGUCUAUAAGGGGCACGAUCGAGUAAGCUUUCACAUACAUUCUGAGAAUGAUCCAGAAGAUAUAGAUGAGAUCCAUGAAUUUCAGUCUGCUAGAUGGGUAUCAGCUGCUGAAGCAAUGUGGUGCAUUUAUAGGUUCCCGUUGAAUGAAAUGACGCCUUCCGUUUACACGCUUCAGUUGCAUCUUCCAGGAGAACAAGUUGUUUCUUUCCACAAGAAUACAAAUCUGUCAAAUCUGGUUGAUAGUUCAGAUUUUACUAAGACGAUGCUGACUGAAUUUUUUGUCAUGAAUAGGCGCAGUAAACAGGCACGUAAAUUGAAAUGCCUGUAUCGAGAGUUUCCAGAGUACUUUGUUUGGCAUCCUGAUAAGAAAAAAUGGACUUGUAGAAAGCGUAGAAAGGUGAUCGGCAGAGUGGUUACUGUCCGUCCCAACGAGGGCGAACGAUACUUUCUAAGAUUGCUUUUAUCUCAUGUUCGUGCGCCAAAAUCAUUCAACCAUCUUCUCACUGUCGAUGGACAGCUUGCAUCUUCAUAUCGAGAAGCUGCCUUUCGAAUGGGCCUGCUCCAGUCUGAUACCUACAUAGAAGACACUCUUGAUGAGGCCACUGCCUUUCAUAUGCCUUGUUCACUUAGAGCCUUGUUUGCAAUGUUACUUGUUUUUUGUACUCCUUCUAAUCCCAUCAAAUUAUGGGAGAGAUAUGAAGCUGACUUAUCCAGUGAUUUAGAAAGAACGAGCUCUAUCACUGGCUGUGAUUCUAAUUAUGUUAGGAGGUGUGUGCUUCAGGAUAUAAAUAGAUCCUUGGAGCAGAUGGGUAAACACAUACGUGAUUACCGUCUUGUUCUUGACAGUUUUCUGUUUACUGAGCAUGAACGCUUGACCAAGGAAAUCGAAAGUGAGCAAAGCGUGCGUUGUACAGAAGACGAUUUGCUGACUGUUUCUCGGUUGAACGCUGGUCAGCAAGCUGCAUAUAGUGCCAUUAUGUCUGAGAUAUUUUUACCCGAUGGCAAGAGUUUCUUUGUCGAUGGUCCUGGAGGAACAGGUAAAACCUUUUUAUAUCGUGCUUUGCUUGCUACUCUGCGGACACAUGGCCAUAUAGCGUUAGCGGUUGCAUCGUCAGGUGUAGCAGCCUCUAUUCUUCCUGGAGGAAGAACUGCGCACUCAAAGCUACUAUAUCAGAUACUUGUGCCAUCUCAAGCAGUAAAAAACCAAGGAAUGCUUGAUCUGCUUGUCCUCAUCAGAACAUCUUUUGUCGUUACUCUUGCUGCUAUGUAG